UAGGAAUUGUAUACAGUGAAGAGAGUGUUCGUAGUAGCAUUAUAGUAAGGUGGAGAGACAAAGGAGAUCUGUCUGUCCUUUGCUGCUCUCCAAAGGAUUACUGAAAAUUCAUCUUCUUCACCUCUUCAUCUUAUAAACCCUUCCUAUAUAACACAACCCAUCAAAGCCCCACUCUCUGCUCAUCCAUCUCUUUAUCUCAUCACACCAUGGCCCAUUCAGCAGCAAUCUCACAGGUUUCUUUGGGUGUGCCUGUUGGAAGUGAUCCAGCUCUAAGGAGAUCAGUUUUUAAGACAAACAGUAUAACAUUCAGUGGUAAAUCAUGGGCCCCUUCCUUGUCCGUGGACUUGAAAUCAAGAAAUGCUCAGAUAAAAAGUCGAUCCAUAGUAUGCAUGUCAGUUCAACAAGCCAGCAGAUCUAAAGUUGCAGUUUCACCCUUAGAACUUGAAGAUGCCAAAGAACCCCCAUUGAAUUAUUUUAAGCCCAAGGAACCUUAUACUGCAACCAUCGUUUCUGUUGAGAGAAUUGUAGGGCCAAAAGCUCCUGGAGAGACGUGCCAUAUUGUAAUUGAUCAUGGUGGCAAUGUUCCUUACUGGGAAGGACAAAGUUAUGGUGUUAUCCCUCCUGGUGAAAAUCCGAAGAAGCCAGGGACUCCUAACAAUGUGCGUCUUUAUUCGAUUGCAUCAACAAGGUAUGGAGACAAUUUUGACGGAAAGACGGGCACUUUGUGUGUUCGUCGUGCACUCUACUAUGAUCCUGAGACUGGAAAAGAGGACCCUUCAAAAAUGGGUGUUUGCAGCAAUUUUCUUUGCAAUGCAAAGCCAGGAGAUAAAGUCAAGAUCACUGGACCGGCUGGAAAGAUAAUGCUUUUGCCUGAAUCCGACCCGAAUGCUACCCACAUAAUGAUUGCUACUGGCACUGGUGUUGCUCCUUAUAGAGGGUACCUUCGACGUAUGUUCAUGGAGGACGUUCCUACAUUCAAAUUUGGAGGCCUUGCCUGGCUUUUCCUUGGGGUGGCAAACACCGACAGUCUCCUCUACGACGAUGAAUUCACAAAGUACCUUAAGGACUACCCAGAUAACUUCCGGUACGACAAGGCACUUAGCAGAGAACAGAAUAACAAGAAAGGAGGCAAAAUGUACGUUCAGGAUAAGAUCGAGGAGUACAGCGACGAAAUCUUCAAACUGUUGGAUGGCGGAGCGCAUAUAUAUUUCUGCGGGCUCAAGGGAAUGAUGCCGGGGAUUCAGGACACACUCAAAAGAGUUGCAGAGGAGAGAGGAGAAAAGUGGGAGGAGAAGCUCUCACAGCUCAAAAAGAACAAGCAAUGGCAUGUUGAAGUUUACUGAUUUUUUCAAAAGUUGCCAGUCUUUCUAUAGACAGAAAUUUAUGGUGAAUGUGGAAAUGUUCAGUUUGAUUAACUUUGCAUGAACUUGAUUAGUUGUUUGUCAUUCAUCUGUAUCAUUAAAUAAUCAAAUGAUUCUGUUCAUCAGAAUAAUUUAGGAAUCCUUUUGGCUUUUCAA